UCAAAAAACGUUACAUUGGAUUUUUUUUAAGGGAUCUCAUGAGACCUUUUAUUUUUUAUCAGGAUCUGAUGUAUUGUCUUGCCACUCUUCUCUGUGAUGCCAUUAUUAACGCUAAAUUCUUCACCUUCAUGUUCAAUCGUCAGCAGUACCAGGGCCUUCUGCGAAUGGCGAGGGAUACGUUGUGGUCGGGUUUUGACACGGAAUACGGAAGGAAAGUAUUGAAACAAUGCGAAAAUCAGGCAAUGUUCUUUGUCAUCGCAUUCGCAACGUUCACUCAAUGCUCUGGAAUCCUAUAUUCUCUGGAACCCAUUCUACUGAAUAUCCAGAAUAAUAGUACAGACGUAAAGGAACGUCUUUUUCCUCUCAAAAUGUGGUUUGACCUUCCGAUCUACGAGAGCCCGAAUUUCGAGAUUUGGUUCCUCAUAGAGAUGUUUGUGAUUUACCAUUCCUGCAUACUGUACUUCUGCUUCGACAAUUACCUAAUUCUCGUGAAUAUACUAAUGACUGGACAAUUUUCACUCCUAAGAAAUCGGCUGGAGACACUUUACAACAGAGAAGUCAUUGAAUCAAUCACAAGUACUGGCCAUCUCGACGAGAAGACCAAUAAAGACUCCCUGAUCUUGCUCUCUCGAGAGUUCAAGAGCUGCGUCAAAUAGCAUCAAUUUCUGAUAGCGUUUGUGGAUCAGGUAGAGAACGUUUACACACUCAUGAACCUGAUCUCGGUGUUGAUAUUCAGUGUCAUCAUCUGUCUGGCGGGUUAUCAACUCAUAAUGCCAGGAAAUACGAUCAUUAGACGAAUCAAGUUUGUAUCCUUCAUAUCAGGAUGCCUGGCACAACUCCUGUCAUUCUCACUCACCUGCAACAAUGUUUCCGUCAGUAGUGCAGAUCUGAGUGAUGGCCCCUACAACUCAGCUUGGUACACCAAGAAUUGUUCAUCAAGGGGUCGAUCACUGACCAAAGAUUUUAUGAUAAUGAUCAUAAGGGCCCAACGUCCCUGUUAUUUUACAGGAGCUGGAUUCUUUCCUGUCACACUGGACACCCUGAAAUCAGUCCUGACGACUGCAUUCUCGUAUUUAACACUGAUAAGGCAAUCUACUCUAUAAUCCAAAUAACCAUGACUGACUUUUGUAAC